UUGCAGCCAUGGCUGAUGCUGAAAGCCCCAGGAAGAGGCUUCAAGAGGAAGCGACUUGCUCGGUUUGCCUGGACUUUUUCACGGAUCCGGUGACCAUAGACUGCGGGCACAACUUUUGCCGCGCCUGCAUCGAGAAGUGCUGGAGGAAUUCACCCACAGAUGCUGCCUGUCCUGAGUGCCGAGAGAGAGUUCAGCAGCCGAGCCUCAAGCCGAACAGGCUGCUGGCCAAUAUGGUGGAGAUUGCCAAAGAGCUGAGUUUCUUAGGGAGCAAAGAGGUGAAGGCAGAGGGGAGAGGGGAGAAAGUCUGCGAGACGCACCAGGAGCCCCUGAAGCUCUUCUGCAAGGACGACGAGGCCGCCAUCUGCGUGGUGUGCGACAGGUCCAAGGAGCACCGAGAUCACAACGUGGUUCCCUUGCAGGAGGCUGCCCAGGAGUACAAGGAUCUGAUCCAUCAUCGUCUGGAGAUUCUGAGGAAGGAGAGAGAAGAAAUCAUGGCAUUUAAAGUAGAAAGAGAAACGGAAAUCCAAGCACUGCUUGAGCAAUUGAAAGCCAGGAAGGAAAAAACAGUGGUUCAUUUCCAACAACUACGCCAGUUCCUAGUAGAACAAGAAAAGCUUUUCAUGGCUCAGAUGGAAGAGGUAGAGAAGAAGAUCGCAAUGAAACGGGAUGAGCAGGUGGCCAAAAUUUCAGAGCUUCUCUUGUCUCUGGAAAGAAUGAUGCAGGAAAUGGCGGAGAAACGUCAACAGUCAGUGAGUGAACUCUUGCAGGAUAUAAAAUGCACCUUGAAGAGGUGUGAGAAGAAUACGUUUGAGAAAUCUGUGGUUUACUUCUCCCCUGCGCUGAGGUGGAGGAUCUCGGAUGUCUGGGAUAUGAAUUUCUUUCUGGAGGGUUCCAUGAAGCAGUUCCAAGACACCCUGGUAUCUGGACUUCAGCUGAAGAAAGCAAACAUAUUACUGAAUCCAUACACAGCAAAUCCCCAGGUCAUCCUCUCUGAGGAUUUUAGAAGUGCAAGUCUCCAAAAGCACCGUCAGGAUCUGCCCGACAACCCUGAGAGAUUUGACAGAUUGAAGUGUGUAUUGGGAUGUGAGGGAUUCACGGCAGGCAGACAUUACUGGGAAGUCAGUGUGGGGAAUGAAGGAGCUUGGGCUGUGGGGGUUGCCAGAGAGUCUGUGAGGAGGAAGGGCAUGAUAAACUUUGGUUCUGAGGAAGGGAUCUGGAAUAUGGGGAGGUGGAAUAGUGCGUACAGGGCCUCAGACUCCCCUGAUUGCUCUCCACUGUCCCUGAGUAAGGAGCCCAAGAGGAUCCGAGUUAGUCUGAACUAUGAAGGGAGAGUGCUGGCCUUUCACGAUGCUGAUACGGCAACCUUGAUCUACACCUACUCAGUAGCCCCAUUCUCUGGGGAGACCCUUUUCCCCUUCUUUUGGGUGUGGGGAAAAGCCCACCUGACCCUCUCUCCUUAAGCUGGUCAAAGGGUGAGGAGAGACGAACAUGAACCCAAUGCAGUUCAGACACACAUUCAGCCUCUUAGCCUUAUACAUCCACAGGGGUCCUUCUCCGCGAGCCCCUGCCAAAGGAAGUGAGGCAGGUGGCUACUAGGAGGAGGGCCUUCUCUGCUGUGGCACCCCGGCUGUGGCAAGAGCUCCCCAGAGGGGUUCACUUGGUGCUUACACUGUACUCCUUCUGUCGCCAGCUGAAGACCUUUUUAUUUUCUCCUUAUUUUAACACUUAAUUUAACUUAAAUUUAAACUUUGCUGUUUUAAUUCCAUAUUUUAACCUGUAUCAAUUUUUGCUGUGUGGUUUUAUCCUGGUUGUGCUUUUUAUAUUGUAUUUUGUAUUUGUGUUUUUAGAUUGUUGGUUGUUUUUAUGCUCGUCGUGGUUUUAAUUUUUGUGAACCGCCCAGAGAGCUUCGGCUAUUGGGUGGUAUAAAAAUGUAAAUAAUAAUUAAUAAUAAUAGCCAGGACUGAGCUUAAAAAGAUCCCUCUAACCCCGCCCAACCUGUUUAAGAAGUCAUUUCUGAUCAGGAGGGAUUGGCUGGCCCUUGCAUCAGUCAAGAGUCUACCUCCUGCCCAAGGGCCAAUUUCAAAUUGCAUUUAAAAAGGCAAAAAACUGUUUUUAAAAAUCUAUAAAACACCUGUUAAAAUAUUUAAGUAGAUAAUCAUGUUGCGUAAUAACGAAAUUGACAUCUCUGUAAAAGCUUACAGGGGCUUCAAGUCACUCUCCAAAUGUAACUUAAAAGGAUUUUUCUCUUUCCUCUGUAGCUUUAUUAGAGGAAGUAUUUAUUUAUUUA